AUGGAGGAGCUACCUGAACCUGUUUCAAAUCAGUUUGUCUUGAAUACCUUGUUACUUUACCAGGGACCCCAAGUCACGAUCAAGAUCGGAUCUCACCAUCGGGAAUAUGUCAUCUUCAAAGACCUCCUCUGCUCAGAGUCGGCUUAUUUCUCGGCUAUGUUCAAUGGUCCCUUCAUCGAAGGACAACAACAAGCAGCCAACUUGAAAGAGGGGGAUGGCCUUUCCGUGCACACUUUCGAAGCAUUCAUUCAAUGGCUUUACGCUGGAAAAAUACAGUUCAAUGUGAAUGAUUGCAGCGAGAAAAUCCUGAGCGCAAUAGAACUUGCAAGAGUUGGAGUCAUGUGGGAUGUGCCCAAGCUAAGAGCCCCAAUCGCAUUGUAUAUCAAAGAGGUUAUUUUGAGCGGUCCCUACAAGAUUUACAACCACGACUACGACUGCAAUAUCCAGUUCAUUGACUGCAAGCAUAUUGCUGCGGCAUGCUUUCUGCCAUCAAAGCAUCCGGUGCGUGAGAUAUUGGCUGAGGCGUCUGUUGAGUCAUUCAUUCUGGCUCGAAGCUUCAAAUUACUGGAAGCGGCUGAAAGGAAUCCUGAAUUUGCAGCUGAUCUCAUUCAAAAGAUUUAUGGGCCGUGUGUAAGCAUCUUAGAUUGGAUUAGGGAACAUUGUGAGUGUGAGAACAACAAAACGAUCUUCGAAGAUCCAUUUACUGGGAGCGUUUGGCCGCCGAGGAAUGAAGAUGACCUUUGA